CUUCUAGACAUCUAGUGUUUUGGACCGAUGUAUGUAUUUAUAUUUUUGUAAUUGGAAUAGUUUUUAUUAGAUGUAUAGUUUUUAACCUUUUGAUAUUUUUUUCUUCAAUGUCAUGAGCAAUCUGUUAUCAAACACCCGUCUGAAUUAUCAAAUACGAAAUAGAAAUUAUAGCUAGGAAGUCUUUUCUUGGCAAUCAAGUCUGUUAAAAUUGUCCAUAAAAAAAAUUCUGUUAGGUUGGUCGAUGUAACUAUAACCAUGAUGCAGCUUCAUGGCUCUCCUACUUCCAUGUUUGCCCGGCCGCCUUAAAUGUUCUGUGUUUUCUUAACUAUUUGGGUUAUAUCUUGUAGAGGCCUAGAGAUAAAAGACAAUGCUUCCCAUCGUUUCAACUGCGGUUCUUACAGUCAUUCCCUGAAGCAAUGCCCAAAGCCUCGUGAUAAUGUUGCUGUCAACACUGCUCGAAAGCAGCAAUACAAGUCCAAACGUAAUCAGAAUACUGCUUCUUGCAGUGCAAUUCGCUAUUAUCAGAACUCUCAAGGUGGAAAGUAUGAUGAUCUAAAGCCAGGUGUUCUUGGUGCUGAAACACGACAACUAUUAGGCCUUGGGGAGUUUGAUCCACCACCUUGGCUUACCAGAAUGCGAGAAAUUGGUUACCCACUGGGAUAUCUAGCACCCGAUGAUGAGGAUCAGCCAUCAGGAAUUACAAUAUAUGCUGAUGGAGAAACCAACGAAGGAUGGGGAGAUGGGGAAAUUGCUGAGAUGGUGCAUCCUGAACGACAGAUGAAAAUGACUGUAGAAUUUCCAGGAAUAAAUGCACCAAUCCCUGUAGAGGCAGAUGAAAAACUUUGGUCUCCUGGUCCUUCAAGUUCUGAAUCAUCUAGGAAUAGGUUACACAAUAGAUUAAACCAUUCUUCUGAACCUGGCAGCAGAGAGCUUCAUCAUGAGCAAAGGUAUUUUGGCGACUUUAAAGAUGAAGGGCCUCCAGGGGUUGACUCUCGAUUUAGCUCAUCCUAUCCCCCAAGCUUUCACAGUCGAAGAGAUCUUAUACCCGGGCCGCUAAGCCCUUCCCAAUAUUCUGAUUGGGGUAGAAGAAGCCCUGUGGUAUGUGAAGAAUUUGCGAGUCAUGGUUCCUAUAGUUCUUCACUGUACUCAUCAACGGAUUGGCGUAAUUCACCAAGAAUUCAUGGCUCAGCCAGAUUCCAAAAUGAGAUUGAUGAAAGAUGGGAUAACAGCUACCCUGACUAUUCAUCUCGGGUUACUAGUCAUCCAUCUCACAGCAGGUGAUGAAUAGCAUUGUGUUGUAACUUUUGUUUCUGUCACCUGAUUUUAUGAGGCCAUGACUUCCCAUCUUCAACCAAGAGGCUGAUUUCCUCUCCACUAAAAGGUGAGGCGCCUUUUCUCUUGGUGCUUCUGGUUUAAAAACAUAACUUGUGAAGAUUUCUAAACCAGAUGAUUUAUACGUGUGAUUUUGUAGCAACAAAAAUGUGGGAGGGACAUUCUACAAUGGCAUUUUUUAAUACAUAAAAGGUCGCAGAUUGGGGAUAAGAGAAGAGGUUUGUUGAGAUUUUAUUCUCAAAUUUGUUGAAUGAAAUUAUUUAAAGUUAAUUGUAUGAAUUAAUUAA